AACCAUGUGUACCAGUUCGUGACACUGACAAUUGUGGCUUCCAGCUGCAACGAUAAGCCGUUGUGCAUUAACAGAGCCACACCGGCCAUCCUCUGCCUGCUUCCACCUUCAAAAACACCUGCAUUGCGUUUGGGCUUUUGCUGCGAAAUUCCUAUCGUAGGAUGGAACGAUUAGUUUCACCUAGAGUGUCCCCCAGGACUACUCCUCUUUUCCACAGGCCAAGCUUCUCAAUCAGACGCCCGAUGAACCUCCAUAUGCUCAAUCGUUUCUCUGUUCGAGUUCAACAGCCAGACAACAAGGUAGGUUCGGCUACGGUGUUGGCCGUGAGGGAGGAGGAGGCAAAUGCCCUCCAAGUGAAGGAGUGGGAAGUAGGUAUGCUCCAAAACGAAUUGGCUGCUAGCCAGGGGAUUAGAAUUAGGAGGAGGCCGCCGACGGGGCCGCCUUUGCACUACGUCGGACCCUUUGAGUUUCAUGUACAAAACGAGGGCGGUAACCCCAGGAACAUCCUGGAGGAAAUCAUAUGGCAUAAGGACAUGGAAGUCUCCCAGUUGAAAAAGAGGAUACCUUUCUCUGUGCUGAAGAAAUCUCUUGAGAAUGCUCCUCCUUCCAGAGAUUUUAUUGCAGCUCUCAGGGAAGCUAAUCUUAAAACUGGACUUCCUGGGUUGAUUGCUGAGGUGAAGAAGGCUUCUCCAAGCAGAGGAAUCCUAAGAGAGGACUUCGAUCCUGUUGAAAUUGCCCAAGCUUACGAGAGAGGUGGCGCUGCAUGUCUCAGUGUUUUGACUGAUGAAAAGUUUUUUAAGGGGAGCUUUGAAAAUCUGGAGGCAAUAAGGAAGGCAGGAGUAAAGUGCCCUCUACUGUGCAAAGAAUUUGUUAUGGAUAGCUGGCAGAUCUACUAUGCCCGAAUUAAAGGUGCAGAUGCCAUUCUUUUAAUUGCUGCUGUUUUGCCUGAUCUAGACAUCAGAUACAUGGUCAAGAUCUGCAAAAUGCUUGGUUUGGCAGCACUUGUCGAGGUGCACGAUGAGAGGGAAAUGGAUCGUGUUCUUGGAAUAGAGGGGAUUGAGCUAAUUGGUAUCAACAAUCGAAAUCUUGAAACAUUUGAGGUUGAUAUCAGUAACACGAGGAAGCUUCUUGAAGGAGAGCGAGGUCAAAUUAUCCAACAAAAAGAAAUAAUUGUUGUUGGGGAAUCUGGGCUAUUUACUCCUGAUGAUAUUGCUUAUGUACAAGAAGCUGGUGUGAAAGCCGUUUUAGUUGGGGAGUCAAUUGUGAAACAAAGUGACCCUGGCAAGGGAAUAACUGGACUUUUUGGUAAAGACAUUUCUUUGUGAGUAGAAAAUAGCAAGAUUAUACAGCAGCCUUACUCCCUUCAUGUUCUAUUUAACGUUUGAUUCCUAUAAAUGUAUUAGCAAGCUUUGUUCUUUUGUCUAAACUUAUAUGUAUAUAUUGAUAUUGAACUUCAUGAAAGUAUCCUCUGAAUUGAAGUGAAAUAAUUUAGUAUACCUUGGACGAGACCACAA